AUGAAAAUCGUAUUUCUAUUAGGUAGUAUUUUAUAUUUGAUAUCCCCUUUUGUACAAGGUGGUGGUCAUCAGAGUGUUUUACUUCAAAAUGUGCAAACAUUAACACUUUAUAAAGGACAAAAAACACAAGCAAGACGAGUUUCAUCAAUUCCACAAAUAAAAUGUGUUGGUGGUUCAGCAAGAGGUGCAUAUGAACCUGAUGUUGUACAAUGUUAUAAUCGUGGUUCGAAUGGUGUCGAUAUUCAAUGGGAAUGUACAAGUGAAAUGCCAAAAAAAUAUAAAUUUGGCAAAAUUAGUGUAUCAUGUGAAGGAUAUGAUUAUCCUGAAGAUCCAUAUAUUUUAGCUGGAUCAUGUGGAUUAGAAUAUAAUCUUGAAUUAACAGACAAAAGUUUCUAUGGCUCAUCAAAUGUUCAACAAUCAUCGAGUUCAAAAUUAUGGCCAUUUUUAUUUAAAGUUGGAAUUAUUGUGACGAUAUUUUUUGUUCUUAAAUCAUUUAUAUCUGGUGGUAAUCGAACAGGUGGUCCAGCAUCAAUGUCAGCUGGUCCUGAUCAUCGUCCACCAGGUGGUGGUGGUGGCGGCGGUGGUGGAUGGUUUUCAAAUUUAUUUCCAGGUGGAGCAGGUGGUUCAUCAGGUAGUGGUGAUGCUCGUCGACGACAACCACCACCACCUGGUUUUCGAGAUGAUUUUACAAAUUAUGGAAACAAUGGAGCAGAUUGUCAUACUAAUCAACGACAAAAUGCUGCUGGAGGUGGUGCAACCAAUUUUUUAACUGGUGCUGCACUUGGAGCUUUAGGUGGUUAUGUAUUCGGCAAUCGACGAGGUAAUAAUAAUAAUCAAUAUAUGCCUAAUACAGCAAAUACUGGUUGGUUUGGUGGUGGAACAACAACUAAUACAAAUCGACAUAGUCCAUCACCAUCAUCAGGUGGUACUCAUACUAGCAGUGGUUUUGGUGGAACUACUCGUCGUUAA